CCCCUUUUUUAAAAAUAAUUUUCUCGUUGCAAAUGAAUUUGGAAUUUAUAUUUUCACAUUAGCGGAAAGAGAAAAAACAAAAGAAAGCCGUCCUUUGUACGACAACAGUUGGAAGCUUUGAUUUGUAGACGUGUGCGUGUAUCGAGUGCGUGUGUGUGUGUGUCUGCGUUAAAAAGACAUUCGAGCUCGUUGCGUGGGAUUUCAAGAUGGCGUACAACUCUUCAAUCGGGACGGAACAGGAGCAACAGUCGGUCAUUGGAGACGCGGGGCUUGUCAGCGCGUCCAACGGCGUCUUGAUAACGACAAGCGAAACGACAUCGGUGGCCGUCGAAGCAUCGGUGGAUAGCUUGUUCCAGUGGACCACGAUCGCCGAAUCGUCAACGUUCGGCCUAAUCUGGCUAACGGCCGUUAUCGGCAACGGACUCAUCACGUGUACCCUACUCCGCAGGGGCCUCCUCACUCAUCCGUCCAACAGAUUGGUGUUUAGCGUGACGCUGAGCAAUUUGAUCUUCUCCUUUUGCGUCUUCCCCUGCAUCCUCGUCUCGUCCAUCAAACAGCAGUGGAUCUUCGGCUCCGUUUGGUGUUACAUCAACGCCUUCUUCACCAUUUUGGUAACGGUGGCCAGUUCAGCAACUCUUGCAGCCAUCGCUCUCGAUCGGUAUUUCGCCAUCGUCCGGCCGAUGCAGUACUCGCGCAAGAUGACGCGCAACCGGGCCAACGGCCUCCUCAUCUUCGCUUGGUGUUUGGGACUCGUCUGCGCUCUACCUCCUCUAUUCGGAUGGUCGACGUACGACUACGAAGAGUCACAUCGAGCUUGUUUCCUGGGCUGGACGUCGUCGCUGUCGUACUCGAUCGUCCUGCUCAUCAUCACAUUCUGUUUCCCAUUGGUGUCGAUGCUCGUCUUCUACUACGCCAUUCUCCAGGUGGCCCGCACCAAAUGCAAACGCAUCAAUUUCGGAACGAUGUCGGAGCCGCCAAUGACUCCGCUGGAACGGAUCCAAACUCUGGCGGCAGCGGGGAAUCCGCCACCGACGCCGCCCGGCUGCGCUGAACUGGCCAACAUGCUGGGCGAACUGGGUCGAGUGGCCAUGUCCGAUUCGCAGACGAGCAUAGGCAACAACAACAACAACAACCGGUCGCUGAGGCGCAAUCGGUUCAGCUUCAACGGUCGCAAACCGUCCUUUUCUUGGCUGUCCAGCACGUCGUCCAUCAAUUCCACGGCGCCCGUCAAAGGAAUGAGGACCAUUUUCCUGGUACUGGCUGCCUUUCUGUUGACAUGGCUACCGAUGCUGGUCCUCGCCCUACUGGAUAUGAUCCGUUACCUGGGCGGACUGGGCGCCUGGACGCCGCCGCAGUGGCUCUACGUCUUCGCGAUGUGGUCCAUGUGCGCUGGAAGCGUCACCUACCCGAUCCUGUACGGCAUUUACAACCGGGCCAUCCGGAAGGAGCUGCGCCUCUGUCUCAGCUGCAGCGGCGGAUUGAACACCAAGAAAUGGCGCAACGUCAAUCACUUUUACCAUCACGGAGGGAGCACCGGAGCCGGCCAAAGACGAGGAUCCAAAUGGUCCAAUUACUCAGAAUACGCAGCUCUUAGGCCAAGAGAAACAUCAGCUGCUGCAACGGCGGCCGUUUCGGCGGCCGUAGCGGCCGCAGCAGCGGCCAGUACUGCCCAGCAAGGACUGACGGAAUCAUUGACGGCCCUGCAGGCUGGCAUGAGUGACAUCAAAUCGAUCCGCGUCCGGAAAUCAAGCCAAGAUUCCGGAGCUGUGAUACCGAGCGACGAUGAAGACGGUACGGGACACGCCAGGAGUUCCAGUCACGCGUCAGGUCAUUCCAGUCAGAGCCAUCACAGAGUGGAGCACAAAUUAUUGGCGUCUAAUGCGCCGCACGCCGUGCCGUCCACAGCCGCAGCUGCCGUCGCCACCUGGAGGGCUUUCAAUCGACCCCGGAUGGCCCUGGCUGUGUUGGCCGUUUCGCUCCAGCAUAUAGCAGCCCACUCGGAUCAUCUUCAGUAUCAUCGGCAACAGCAGGAAAUCGAAGCUAAAAUGAACGGCGCUACCAUCCGUCCUGUAGAGGAAGAUGAAGAAAAGCAGCCGGAAGAAGGCCAGCAACAGGUAGAUGUCCCAUUACAACCGGCCGUCCCUGUGCUCCCAGUAGCCGAUGACGUCCGAACGUCGAGUCUCGACGAAGGCAUCGAGCCGGAUCGUUAAAAAGAAGUAUGUUUUAUUUGGUGCGCAAUUCGAGGACAAUGCAAGUACUUCAUUUAGAUGUUGACGUUUGGUCUUAUUGUAUCAAAAGCCAUUCAACACAGACGGCAAACGAAAACAAAAAAAACAACAACAAAAGACGCUCACACAUCCGAAAUCCUUGCCAUACGCCAUUCCCCCUUUUUACUUGUUGUUCGAGUGUGUGCGUGUGUUUUAUUCCUUUGUUACGACAUCAAUCGUUUUUUUUUUUUUUUUUUUUUUUAAAUUGGGAUUUGUAUUGUAAUUUUGUUUAUUCUCCUCAUGUACUUUGUGUGAAUGAAAAUGGAUAUACAUAUAUCAUUCAUGCGUUUUUUUAUCAGGCCCAUCCGAAACAUUCGUUCACUAUCGCCCGUAUUUUCUCACGCUGGAGCAAACCGACAGUGUUUAAACGAUAACGGCGGACUAAAAGAAAAAAAAAAAAACACAACAAACAAAAAUAAAAAUAAGAAAUCUAUGUCUCCCCUUUGUCAACUGAGAAACUAGUCAAGCUCGACGCUUUUGACUUAUUUUUAUACGUGGAUUUUUUUUUUACAAGGAAUCAAAGUUCAAAAAAAAAAAGAAACCAUUUUUUUCUUUAAUUAAAAAAAAACAAAAAAAAAAAAAUGUUGGGUGAUACGCGCGUUGUUUGUCUCUCGUUUAUAUUCCCUCCCCAUCACCGUUUAGUAGACAAACGUACACUGAAAAAAAAAAUCACAUCACACAACAAGAACAAAAAUUGAAAUUAAAUCACGAUCUAUGUACGAAUACGUAAUCCCCUCUUUUCUUUUUGUAAUGAGAAACGGACCUGAAAAAAGAAAAGUGAAUACAAAUUUUGGCUGGGUUCACCUUUC